AGGCGGGUCACUGUGAUCGGUGUUGUAGAGAGUCUACAGUUCCAUGCUGAUGGAGACCAGGUCCCCGUGUGUUGGAAUGAGGACUUCGCUGUACGAACUCAGUCCCGAGUGUUUUCUGAUGUAUUUCUGCUCGUAUUUAUUCCAGAGAACAACGCCUACAGCUUCGGACGCACCACGAUAGCCAACCUGAAGUCUGGGACGAAUCUGCUGUGGCUGCACACUACGUUUGCCUUCAUGUAUCUGCUGCUGACCGUCUACAGCAUGAGGAGACACACGUCCAAGAUGCACUACAAGGAGGACGACCUGGUGAAGAGGACGUUAUUCAUCAACGGCAUCUCUAAAUACGCCGAGGAGAGUCAGAUCAAACAGCACUUUGAACAGGCGUAUGAGAACUGCACGGUGCUGGAGGCUCGGAUCUGCUACAACGUGGCCAGACUGAUGUCUCUGAACGCGGAGAGGAAGAAGACGGAGCGCAGUAAGAAGUUCUUCACCGACCUGAUGGCGAAGGAACACGUCCCCACGAUGAUCAACCCCAAACCCUGUGGACACCUGUGCUGCUGCGCCAUCACCGGCUGCGAGGAGGUGACCCUGAAAAUGCUACAGCGCUAA